GCUCCCCAAAGGCAAAUAGCCUCAGUGCAGUUCGGUCCAUCUUGAUUCAAGUAUGAUUAUUUCAGGCUUGAAUACGAGAUGAUUUUAGUUUUCAAUGCUUUCGAUAUGAAAAUGAUAUUAUGUGUCAUCACUGCCGCUCCCCAAAGGCUAAUCUCCCCGGGGCGGUUUCAUUUCAUCUUGUUUCAAGUAUCAUUAUUUCAGGCUUAACUGUUCGGCAAUCUCUCUAACGUACAGUCUAUUGUUUCUAUGGGAAAAAAGCGAGUGAAGUCUGACAAGAUUUCUCAGGUUGCUGCAAGAUAUACUUUGUUGUCAGUAUGGUGCCUGACCUGCCAGCCCCAAAGAUUUCCAAAUAGUAAUCCAUCUAAAUGUUGGAGUAUUUGCAGUCCAAUUUCCUCAAUAUAAAUCUGCCGAGUACCUUUCAUAGACUUUACCAAGCUUUCUGGCAAAGUUGAGAUCAGUGCAGUCAGCUGGUGUCAGCCGAUUUGAAUCGUGACUCGUGACUUAUUGUGUACGCUAUUCUGUGAUGCCCGGAUACCAUUCCCGCUUGAUCGCACAUUUGAGGACGUGACUUAAAUCUCAUUGCUUAUCAAAGCUAAUGACGAAACUGUGCCAUCAUUGGACAUUGGCCUGUUGACUGUAACCUCGUGCCUCAUGCCUCACUCUGUCCAUGAUGUCAUUGCCUGGAUUAAUUUAGAUUAAAACGUCAGUUGUGUACUUAUGUCACAUGCGUCAAUCAUGGUCGCUCUCGCUAAUUGUUGUAUUACACGAAUGAUUUAUCGCAGUGUUUGUAAACGACAAUCAUUCGGGCUCGAGAGUAUUGUUCUGUUCUGUUUAACAGCGCUCAGAUACCGAAGUAAUCACUCAUAAAACGGGAUUCUUUGUGUCAGGUUGUGAGUCCAUAUUAUGAUUUUGUUGCCAGCAUGAAUGUUUGUAUGAUUUGAUAUCCUGCGGCCUGCAGUAUUGUUGACUGGUGUUUGUGAUAAUUUCCAACUGCAGUUACCAUUCCGGAAUAGCAGUUAUCUGAAGUGUUGGAUGAGGGGGCUCGGUAGAUUACCUUUACUCAUAAAACAGGAUUGUUUAUGUUUGGUUGUGAGUUUUUAUGAGUUUGUUGCUGGCACGUACAAUUGUAUAAAUUGAUAUCAAAGAUGUGGUCUGCAACAUUGUGGACUCGUGUUUGUAGUAACUUCCAACUACAGUUACAGUUCGGAAUAGCUGUCUAUCAGAAGUAUUGGAUGCAGGGGGCUCGGUAGAACACCUGUCCGCCUAACUUUCGUGCCGAGUCACUCGUGUGGCGAAUAGUUUUUGCCCAAACGUGCUGUGAUAGUUUAAAAUUUCACGCAGAGGAUUAGGGAAAUCUUUUGAUGUUUUCAUGCAAUUGUUUUUGCAGUCGUAAUUUCGGUUCUGGGUGGGCAAGGUGUGAGUUGAAAAGUGGAUCAGGCCGUAUUUUAGCUCAGUGGAUUUGAUGGAGUCCCGCUUCUGGUAAAGAUUUCAUAUAGAAUAAUAAGAGGCAGAGGCUCAAUUCUGGGCCAUGAUGCCCAGAUGAUGAUCAUAAUCAUAUCCUGAUUCAUGUGAGCUUGGUUAUGAGAAUAUUAUGCUGUGUGGUAGAUUGGAAUAUUUGUUUUUGAAAUGUCUAUAUCGCAAGAUGUGGGAAUUUGCCCCUGGAGUAAGAAGAUGACUCUGCACGCAGCGUUGCCAUUUGGAAUACGAUUGUUCGAUUGUGUGAGUUAUGGGCAAGUGUUGUAAAGAGGUGAUUAGUCUGUCUGAACUAUGACACAAGACUUCAUGUUUCUAUUGCUGUAAGGCUAUGCGAGCAUAACGGAGCCCUUUUGUGAACUUACAUUAAUUUUGGAGUCGCUCCUGUCGAUUUAUUGCAACAAUUUUAGAAGGGAUAUUCAGAAAACAAGCCAAUGCAUUGCCUGACACUGGAGUAUCAUCAAAGAAGUAAGGUUAUGAGAUAGCACCCCCAAAAUCUUAUGGAAUACUGUCAGGGGUGCUCUUGUUCUUUUAUUGCGCUAGUGUGUGGAUUAUUCAUGUUAGGAGUAGCGCGAUGCUCGACGAUAGGAGAAUGCAGGUCAACAGAUUGAGGAGAAGUUUCCGAUACUCUUCAAAAGAGAAAGAGGGCGACACUAGUAGCAAUAGAAGUAUCAAAAGCCGGUCGACUUCCAGCCAGAGAAGUGUGGAGAAAAAACCAGCGACUACAACAUGUACCAAACAAGACUUCACUCAAAGCAAAAGCAAGAGCGUGGCGACGCUCAAGCCCCCUCCAGAACCGCGGCGGCGGAAUUCCCUCCCGCUCGCCAUCAGGGAUUGGUUCCUUAGCACUAACGAAGCUAACGCGGGGAAAUCGCCGCCCGUCGAUCCAAAGGAUUUCUCGCCAAAUGAGAGUGAGAGUUUACGAAAGAAUAAAGCUGUUGAUGACUCGAGCCAGGAGAAGCAAUCAAAAGCUCAGAAUCGUCUCGGCAACUUAUUCAGUCCGGCCGCCACCUCUUUCAAGGACAGGGAGAAACUCGAACAACUCUAUGAGAAGCUACAGAUCUACAACCUGCAGGGCCUGCCAGAAAUGCCCGAUCUUCUGAUGAUCGGUCGGCCAAAGUUCGAUCCAUCUUUAUACGAGUUAGAGGAGCACUGGACGGAUAUCGUUGACAAUCAUACUGCUCUGAGCGAGAGGGAACGUAACCACCAAGCUGCAGUGUGGGAACUCAUCCAGACGGAGGUGACCUACAUCAAGGGUAUCGGGGUGAUCAUCGACGUGUUCUUGUGCUGUAUGGUCAAUCUGCAAAACAGUCUAUUACUAAAUGAUAUUGAAACGGAUCGAUUAUUCAGCAAUAUUGUCGAUGUGAUUGGUGCAAACCGCCAGCUCUGGGAGGAACACAUGUUACCCGUCGUCGAGGAAGCCAGACAGACACGUCAGCCUCUAUCGGUAUCCGGGAUGAAAGAGGGAUUUUUAAAGUUUAAUGACAUGUUCCAGCCAUAUCUCCGUCACUGUCUAGACCAGGAGGGGUCGGUCAUGUAUCUCAGGGACUCGUGUCGAGAUAAUGAACUCUUUAAAAUAUUUGUCAGCUGGGCUGAGACACAGAAGCAAUGCGAGCGUCUACGACUGCAGGACCAGAUCGUAAAACCUAUGCAGAGACUAACCAAGUAUUCGUUACUAUUAAGUGCAAUAAAUAAGAAGACGGAAAAUCCACAGGAGAAAGAGGAUCUCGAAACUAUGAUAAUUUCAGUCGAUAUAUUUGUUAACUUCGUCAACACCACACUGCGUAAGCGCCAUGAAAAAGAGCGCCUGGCAACGAUCAUUGACAGGAUCGAAUCUUAUGACGUCGUGGAUAUUCUGAACGAGGAAUGUAGUAAGAUCUUAAACGACUACACCCAGUUAGAUCUGACGUGUCCGAUGCCAGGAUGCAACCCUCAGCAGACGCGGCACUUGCUAUGUGAAGGUGCACUCAGGUUUAAAGAUGGAAUUAGCAAGUCGACGGAUGCAUAUUGUUUCUUGUUCACUGAUAUGUUCCUGAUCACCAAGGCGAGUAAACGUGGUGACAAGGAUAAGGUCAAGAUCAUCAAACCGCCAAUCAGAAUUGAUCAGGUGAUCGUACAUGAACUCAAGGAUGGUGGGAGUUUUCUGGUGCUCUUAGUCAACGAAUACAGGGUGGCGUGGUCCGCGUAUACAUUCCAUGGCGAACAGAUCAAACUCUGGGUCGGCAAGAUACAGAAAGCACAGGCGUUAUAUCAAGAAGCCCGUUUACGCGCCCAGUACCCGGAGGAUGAAGACUUGUACUACCUCCCGGAUGAAUUUGACGACGAUUCGUUAAAUUAUCCGACGGCCGCCAUGAUGAACAUGCCAGGACUUAAACCAAGUAUUAGCCAUGAGAAUCUCUCGCUGAGGCGGACAUCUUGUUCAGAGUCGGACUUUAAUCAGUUUAAUAUAUCGCGUGCGAAGAGCACGGAGUGUUUGCUAUCGCGGCCGGAGAGUGUUGAUUCGUUGACUCAUAAUCAUCACAAGCCGGGGUUGGAUCGAAGGUAUGAUUCGCUGCCACCAAAAACGCAUAGUUUUAAUCAAACUGUGUCGGAUGAGGAAGAGGAUUAUGAUUCUUUGGGGCGGUCGAGCACCGGGGGACGGGGAAGCCUCAGAUCUGAUGGUUCCAGUCCGUUUCCACGGCGGCGCUCCGUGCCGAAGGACGGUAGGGAACAGGGUCAUACUUUAGCCGUCCCGGACGUGAAUAUAUUGCCACCCUCUCGUUCCCCGCCCGCGUCGCCAUCGCCUGUGCGGCGUAAAUUAUUGUCUAUGCAACGAAAAGACUCACCGAAGAACUCAAAAUCAAAAUCUUUGUCAGUAUCUGAGUCUAUUUCAAGUAGUGGUACGAAUUCACCAUCAUCGAGGAUGUCGCCGGUAGACAGUCGUGGCGUGUUUGGUGAAAAUCCGCGAAUCUCGUUAACGAUGGAGGAUAAUGGGAAGGGGAAGUUCAACCAAAGACGAUCCGAUAAACGUUAUCACACGGUGGACAGUAUUGAAAAUGUGCAAAAGAAAGAUCGGGACGCGUCAAUACAUAAACGUCUUUCAUGGAAUUUAGGAGCUUUGGAGGUCUGUGGCGGGCCUACUGAGGACGAACGAACAUUACAGGAAUCGACCGGCGUUUCGACGUCGUUACGGAGCGUCGUAAGCUCGAGUGGUUUCUCGUCGACAGGGUCUUUACAAGCAAACCAAGACCCUGAUCAUCGUAGGACUGCAUCGACUGAUAGCGUCUUUGAAAAUUCAAAUGAAGUGACUAUUACAGUCAGUGCCCCGUUACGCCGAGCUGACCGUCCGCAAUCCACGUCUGCGCUCCAACCGCCGAGUCUCAGUUUGGAUUCGGCGGAGGAGGCACUGAAGACGCGUAGUCUGACGUUGCCACAUCAGUCGGCGAGUGAGGAUGGAAUUUCAUUCUCGACGUCAGAUUCGUCUUUAGCAACGACACCAGAGGGCCGGAAACGUAUGACGCACUCCCAGAUGAUGAGGCUGAAGAAACAGUUGUUGUUGAGUUCAGACCUUGAGGCAUCUAGCACCACCUAGGGGUAGAAAUGAGAGGUUUAGGAGUCCACAUGCACUGCCCUCUAUCAGAUUGUUGUGGAACUACAAGAAGUUGGACGACAUAGGGUCACAGAUACAAACCCAUGAUCUUUCAAGAAAUCGUUCAGAAGUUGUAACAGGACCUUUUUGUUGACAUUUUAACACUCAUUUAAUAGAACUAUUUUAGUUUCUAAUCAAUCCAAUGUUUUAGUUUUGUAUGACUUGUUUUUAGACCCAGUAUCCAAGUCUGUCCAGAGGUACCCUCACCGAAAGGCAGUGUGAUAUCAGUCAGGAUUCAGUCAGGUUGCAGUGUUACCUCACAUUUUUAUGGCAGUGUUGAAAUCAGUGGAAAGCAGUCAUAGGGAGUGUUUUUCAGUCACGCAAUACCAAAGCAUACAGUUAUACAGCAAUCAAAAAUAGAGGUUAGGGAGUCAUAAGCAGUGGUAAGACAGUCAAAAUCAGUGGUAAGGCAGUCAAAAGCAGUGCUCAUUUAAAUAUUUAGGCUGACUGAUUUCCACUGCUUUUGACACUGAAAAUGACUCCCCACUAUGCAUCAUGCACAGGGCUGGCAGUGGGGUUCAGUGUUAAUUUAAAUAUUUCGCAGCACACUGAAUCCACACUGAAACACCACUGAUUUUGACUGCCAUUUCCAAAACCUCUUGGAGGGAGCAGUCAUUUUCAGUGUUAAUAUGAAUAAUUUAUUUAAUGGCAUGCAGGCACGGAUGCCGAGAGAGGUUUGGGGGACGUGACCCCCUGUGCUGAUGACAACCAAAGAAAUUGUUCGAAAAAGCAAAAACUUCUAGCAAACUGUUACUUUUGCUGUCCUAUUUUAGACGGUGUGUUUGCGUCCAAUAUGGCAGUGAUGACGUCAUCUGCACAAAUAGAGGACAUCGCCAUUGCAUGAUGACGUGACACAGUAAAAAGAUGACAAAUUCACGUCCUUGACCAACGUCAUUGCAAACUUUGUCAUAAUGACAGUGGUCAGAUGGGUUACUAGACAAUUGAAACGACACAUGGCACAUAGCUACUGUCAGUGAUGUCAGGGAUUAGAGCUAGAUCAAAUUGGCGUCCAAAUAAAGUAACUGCACGCGGCCUGUAGAAUAAUGAUCUAACUGAUUGAUGUGUAUUGAGCUCCCAUGCAGAUAAUUUGCAGUGUAUGCAUACAUUACAAUUAACACCUAUAGGGCCUACAGUAGAUGCAUGAAGAUACAUGCAGAUAUCUUGCAGUGUAUGCAUGCAUUACAACACCUAUAGGGCCUACAGCCUUCUUGAUUUGCUGAAAAUACAACUUCAGUGACUGUCUAGAUUACCCUUUUUGCAUUCAUUUGGCUCCUUAUGUGUUCCAAUUCAAACUGACUAAAACUCCCCUCUUCUUAUAUUGAAAUUCGGGUAAAUAUCGAGAAAUAUGAAGAGCUACCAUGAUUCCUUGAAUGUUUGACUAUCAAAUUCAAACUUACUAGCUUCCUGUCUCAGGUUGAAUUAUGGGUGAUAUUUAACACUGAAUUUGACUGCAAUUACCACUGCUUUACACUGCCAUCAAGUCUUAAUCUCACCAGUCAUAAAGCAGUGGUUUUCAGUCAUGUUGAAAAUGCCACGGGUUUCGAUCAGAGUUGGAGAAGUGGAAAUCAGUGGUCUUUCAGUCAUAGGCAGUGUUUUUGAAAUACGUCGUUCAUAAUGAUAUGCAAGUGGCAGUGCUUUGCAGUGGUCUUUCAGUCAAAAUCAGUGGUUUUAAAACAUUAAGAAAAAAUGAUAUGCCUAAGACAGUCAUAUGCAGUGGGGGUUUCAGUCAAAAGCAGUGUGAUGCAGUCAUUUUCAGUGCACUGCCUUUCGGUGAGGGUAUGUCUUGAAGUGAGCUAAUUAAAGGGACACUUUUUGCUGCUUAAAGGAGUAGUGUCUCCAGAUAAUACAGAGUGGGCAUUAUGGUCCGUGUAGUGUUGCUGUCUAGAGAGGUAAAGAGGUGUGUAGACCUGGCUCAAACCUCUGGGACUGAAGAAUACAGAUAAUGCAAUCAUUUCCCGCUUGUAGUCAAAGGUAGCGGUCCCUGCAGAUACUGUGUAGACGCUAUUAAGCCAGUGAAAGGGCGCCUGUACAAAAGGCCUGUAUUACCUGCAACAGGCUUGUGUGUAACAGAUGCACAAAAACUGGCUUGAUAGCUCCAUACAGUAUUAUUGUGAACCUCAAAGAUAUAGCAAGUUUGUUGUUGAAAAUAACAGUCUCGUUAAUAUUGCAAAGUUACCAUCUGUUUUUUCCAUUACGUUACCUUCUAAGAAUAUGUUUUUGAUUUUAAAUUUUAUUGCUGUAUAGGCUUGAUUUAGAGGAAAGGCGAACAUGCAAUGUCUAUAAUAUGCACCAUUGUAAUCUUUUGUUAGACUUUAGUUUGAGGUCGUGAGGUCGUUGGAACAGAUGGCUGUGCACCCUGUAUUCAGUCCCCCAGGAGUGGGGCCAACGCAGGGUACCACAGCCCUCUUGCAGCUAUGCUAGGCCGGCAAAAAUGACAAUGAACCCUUUCGCUGCGGGUGACGUGCUAUGCACCUCAUGCACAUGGCUCCAUGACAUGCAUAGUAUGUUAUGCUCCACUAAAAUUUCUAUUCACCAGCACUUGGUUCCACCCCCCUGAAACAUGCCAAAUGCAAAUUUGUUUUUUCACUUCUGAAGAGUUUGGACUGUUCAGAUAAAAGUAAGCCCUUCUGUUCAAUAUUUGUAGCUACUGUAGCGAAAGGGUAAAGGAGUUCCUGGGCCGAGGUUGUUUUCUUGGAUGCAUAGCAGCGCCAUCUGCUCAGAAAUUCUGUAAACAUAUUCCCUAGUUUAUUCCUUACGAAAAAGAUCUAAAAUUCCAUGGUGAAUUCAGAAUUCAUCAUGCUUAAGCCAUUAGGAAUGUAGAAUUUUCGAUGCUUGCCAUGGUGGAAUAUCUUAUUGUUCCAAUUCACCAUUGUGAAUUGCUGUCAGUUUACCAUGGUGAAUUGUGGAUUUACCAUGGUGUAUUGUGGAUUUACCAUGGUGAAUUGUGGAUUUACCAUGGUGAAUUGUGGAUUUACCAUGGUAAAAGGGAUGCAUUUUUCCUAAGAGAUGAGACUAAUGUCAGUUAUCUCAGAACAAAGUGGUCUUGUAUCAAGGCCAACUACCUCAUUAUGAAACUGUUGAUCAAGCUUUCGUGCAAUAUGUAAAAAUUGUCAGAAAUCAAUAUUACAGUUUGGCCACUUUGCCCUCCUUGUCAACGACUUUUACCUUCUGUACGUUGACCAUGUGAGUGGUCAUCGAUGCUAUUGCACUCACAGUGCAUAUCCUGUUGUCGUCACACCAAGCCACCCACGCAAAUCUGGUCCUCUGGAAUGAAUCGGUCAAUUUAUGAAAAUAGCCCAUGAAAUAUCAUACUGUGGUUAAACUUACCGACUUGCUGAUACAUUUACUGUUUUCAUCAGGCACCUUUUCAAUUGAUUUUUACAGUAGCAACACCGAGUCCGAGUGGCAAAAUAUUAUCCAUUACAAUGACUCCUGUUUUAUCAUAUAAAAACCAAUAUUGGAUCUAAAAGACUGAGGGUGUUCAAAAUUAGAAGUUAGGUUAGAUUUUCCAAUUAUUGUUAAUUGAACUCGAAAGUUAGGAAUAUUUGUGAAUUAAGAUUUUGUGUUCAUUAAACUAUGACAAGCAGCCCCCUCAGCCUCUUAGAUUCACCUACGACGAGUUCAGUAUUAAAGGGAAACUGUAGGCAAGAGCAAGGUGGGCCAGAUUAGGUUAGGGAAAGUCCCAAAAUGUGUCUCUACUAUCUCUCAGUACACUGGCAUGAUUCUCUUUUCGAGUUGAACCAGGCCCAGUUCCCUGACUGUUAUCUUGAGUCCCCCAGUUGGACCUCUUGCUCCUGCCUAUACUAGUUUUUAAAUGGCUGAUAAAGCUUUACAUUACUAUAUUUUGAGCAAUUGGAAUUUUGAACCCGUAGCAGCUUUAAUAUGCCCUUGGCUAAUACAAACUUAAUUACCAAGGGUGGCAGUAAUAGUUAGCGGUACAAUACAAUACAGAGCCUACUGGGGAUGAAAUUGACAUGGGCUGGAAAUUUAUUGUGUACAUGACCUGCAGUUUACGAGAGGCUGUAUUCAACUGGCCUAACACCCAAUACAUCCUAAUGAGCAUCAUGCAUAAGGAUAUUAUUACGCAGAUUUGCCUGGUUAUUUUGCAGAUCAGAGAAUCACCUCCAGUAUACAUAAGUGGCCUGAUCAUACUUCUGCAAAUAGUUUCAUCAAAUUACUAUGCCAAGUCAGGAGAUGUUAAUUUUAUUUGAUGCAGUUGCCAAAAAUCAUGCAAUUACAAUUGUAUUUAAUAAGUAUGUGAAAUAUGUAACUAAUGUAUAAAGUGAAAUGGAAAUUCAGAUGGAAUUUCAACGCACACUUUUGUAAACCUUCAACCUGUAUUAUAAUUUUUACUUGUGUUAAUCAGUUAUUUAUAGAUUUUACAUGUACUAGUAUGUCAAAGGGUUUUAUAUUCUAUAAUAAUCGUAAAUUCUAUGGGGUCAUCCGUUAUUAUCAACAUUUUCAACAACAAUUAACAAAACGAUAAAUGUAUGCUUGUAGAAUUUCAAUUAGAUGUUGAUCAAUAUAAAAAAUCGACAUCAUUAAAAGUACGUUUUGGGAGAGGAAGGGGGCUGCCAAAAGAAGUAUUUAGGUUGUGUAAUUUUUUUUAAAAUCUUGAUGAUAUUGGAUGACCCCUUAUGUAGCUCUCAUGGCUGUUCUGAUGAAGUUUGACUUUGUCACUGAAGUGAGGGCUUCUUAACAAGAAUAAAGCGAAAUGUUUUGACUUUUUCAUUUCACUCAUCAAGAAAUGAAAGGUACAGUCGUGUAAAUGGGUAUAGAUUACAUUGAGCCAUACAUAAGAAAUCCAUCAGUUCGGGUUUACAUAUGAGUCACAAUGGGUGAUAUGAAUAAAGACUAGCAAAUGCUUUUAUCUAAAUCUCCAUGUACAUUUACACUAGGCCUUUCUGUACAAAACUGAAGUAAAAGCAUUUACUAGUCUUUAUUCAUAUCACCCAAUGUCAGGGUUCAUGUUUCACAUGUCACAGAUCCCUUAUCACGUCACUCGUGAUUACUGGUGGUCCAGGAAAAUCGAAAUGCAGUUAUACACAAUGUUAAAGUGCAAUUGUUAUGCAAACGAAUUUGCUGAAACUUGGUAUUCAUAGUAUUUGUAUAUCUUUCUACACAAUGGCGAUGCUGAAAGCUAUAUUUAGUAUGUUUAUAAACUCCAUCGGAAAUUUUCAAAUUCAAUUACCGGUACAAUUUUCAAAUGUUUCACGGACAGCGUGGGCCUUUAAAUGACUGAAGCUUGAACACACGAUAUAACUGACAGCAGGGGGAAAUUUAAAUGACGUAAUGAAUCAUAUGUAGUCCGGUCUUUGGAAAUGACUGUCUGUUCUUAAAGGAGAUCAUUAUAACAUUGACUCUAUGUAAACUAUAUGUAAACCCAGCAUUAUUGGCAUUGACUUUAUAUUAUCAGUUUUUGUUUCCAAUAUUCAGGAAAUUACAUUUGCAAAGGUUUGAUUUUAAAUGUUACAUGACAGUUUAAUCGGGAGAAGGGUAUGGGAAUUCACAAUCUGUUUGCAGAGUUUGUGCAGCCCUGCAUAUGCAGUCUGGAACAGGGGGUUAAUAAUGUACAUAUGUAAGUUGUAUAUAUCAUUGUUGUAAUCUGUUUAUAGUUAACAUAUACACUCAGAGCCAAGGCUGCUUUACAUUGGAAUAAAUGGAAAAAGUGUGAAAUUAUAUCUUUGUCUUCUUUAUGUUUAUCGUCACAGCAAAACGUGGUGCAUAUUGCACAGAAGAGGAGCUAGGAGGAGCCUAAAUGACACCACGAGAUACAUUGUAAUGUAUCUUAAUCUAAAAUAAUGACUGAUAAUACGAGUGAUAGAAAACCAAAAGGUACAAUGUCCUACUUGUGAUAAAUACGUUUCAUACAGCAAUAUGGCAGCCCACAGGAAGACUAAGAAACAUUAGAGAAACAGAUGAGUAAGUUAUGGGUAC